UCGUCUUCUUCCUCGAUUCAUCUCUUUUUUUCUCUUCGCUCUCUCUCUCUGGGUUUGCGAUGCUUUUGCUGUACGAAACGUUCUGGGGUUAUGCCCUUCUGAGGGUGGUUGACGACGCGAUUUUGGUUGAUAAUGUACAUGCUUUGGCUACCCAUUUUCAGUCCGCGGAAGCAGCAAACGAAGCAGUGGUUCUAGUGGCUUUUUAUGAGUUUCCCAGCCAAAUUCAUGCUUUCGUAGAGCUCGAAUCCAUCAAAAUGAGUCUUAUGAGCCCUGCACUUCGUGGGUUCUUACUUGCUCACUGUCAAGUUGUUGGUGAAACCCUAGGCGUGGGUGACCCUGACCUUGGAGACAGGAUCAGCUCUGAUCUGCCUAUUCCUUGUCUUCACAACAUAGCUGUACAUGAGCUGCUUAGAGGUGUUAGAAGUCAGUCCUCAGCACUCGUGGGUGACCCUCCUCGUAUGGCUAGGGACAGGGCCUUGUCUCACAGGCUGGCUAGACAAGCAAUGGGGAUUGGUCUUGAACCUGACAUGAUGGAUGCCUUUAUUCGCACAACUGUUGGUCUUUACGAUGCUCUUGUCAAAGAACUGAAUACCUAUACGAUGAGGCUUAGAGAAUGGUAUGGACCUCAUUUUCCCGAGCUCUCUAGUAUCGUACAACCCCAAAUCCCAUAUGUCAAAUCUGUUCUGUUGAUGGGAGACAAGCUUAACGCUGCAAAUCUAGACUUCUCCGAGUUCCUAUCGCUUGAUGAUGAGCUGAGCCUGAAGGCAGCAGCUGUGCAUUCACAUGCACCACCUUUCAGUCAACUCGAGAUGCUGCUGAUCCAGAACUUCUGUCGAGAUGUGGUUCUACCUCUUCAUACCACCACAACUGCUCUUUUGGAUAGCCUCAAUGACCAUAUGCAAGCUUUUGCUCCCAAUCUGACUGCUCUAGUUGGAGUGCCAAUUGCUCCUCGCCUGAUUUAUCUUGGAGGUGGUUUAUCGAAACUCUCCAAGAUGCCUGCGAGCACACUUGAGACACUCGGAGCCAACGAAGCCACACCCAGGGAUGGUCUUAUCUACCGCUCACCUCUGGUUGAUCUAGCACCUGAGCCUUACAAGAGAAAGUUCUCGCGAACAUUAGCUGCUAAAUGUGCUCUUGCCAUUAGGAUUGAUGUUUUUGGUGCUGGCCAAGAUAACGCUAUGGGACUCCAAUACAGAGAUCUCCACCUUCAGACUAGGUUGGACCGUCUUCGUCAGGCAUAUAACAGAAGAUACCUCGGUUUACCUGCUUAGUGAGAGACUUUGAACCUGAAUUCAACUUGCAAGGUAUUCAAAGUUAUGAGAGAUCCAAGUAUAAUACCUAAGCCAUCAUCCGAGACUCCAAGUAUCAAAACCAAACUGUUUCCUAUGCUUUCCUUCUAUCUAUGUUUGAACUUUGACCCUUGCUGUUUGAUGACACUUUUAUGGAACUUGCAUUUGUCUUCUCUCUCCUUUGAACUUGUUUAUUGUGACAGUUUCAAGUACUUUGGAUGUCAAGUUUAGUGAAUUUGAUGUUUAAGUUU